AUGGCUUUGCUUAUAAUUGCAGUCUUUGCAAUGAUAAUAAGCAAUGUAGAAGGAGAAAUGGCAACGCCGUAUUCAAGGAGGGUAUUAAGGAGCAGGUUUCUUACACAACAAAUAUCAGCAAAGAGUGUGUCAUGCAGUGAGUACAAGGAUACAUGCAAGAAGAAUAAUAUUGCAGGUAAAAAUAAAUCCAUGUGCUGUGAAAAUCGCUGUUAUAAUUUGCUAAUAGAUCGCAACCACUGUGGGUCAUGUGGUGCCGCUUGUAAGUUUGGAUAUACUUGUUGUAACGGUAAAUGUGUUGAUUUGGCCAAAGAUAAAAAGCAUUGUGGCAGCUGUGGUGUUAGCUGCCCUAAAAAGAAAAAAUGCAAUUAUGCAAUGUGUUCUUAUGCUUAG